UUCAUAGGUUGAAAUUAUUCGAGAUGCUGAAGCUGAUAUAUUUUUCUGGAUUUGUCCUAACAAUCCUGAAUUUUCAGGUGAUCUCAGCGAAUUCACAGGGCAAUGGGCGCUCCAUUUGUCUCUUAGAGGACCCACCAAAUCAGUGUGGGGACUUCUGCCUGACCAAACUACAUCCCAUGAUUGAUUUGAUACCCGUGACUAACUCGAAAUUGGAAAGGAUCCAAAGUGAGCAGCAGGCCUUAAGGGUCAAACUCCUGGCAGUUCAGUUUACGGUUGAGGCACAGCGGGUAACAGUGCAGAAUUCUUUGAAAAAUAUUACCACAAAAGGAGAAUUCGGGGCAAGACUCAACGAAACCGAAAGAAAACUUAGGGUUGAAAGUUCUGAAUUGAAGAACCAACUUCAGUUGCUUCGCACCAAAGUUGAAGAUCAGCAAUCAGCUAUAAAAACCAAGCUGGAUGCCCUUUUGGAACCUUUAAGCAAAACCAUCACCAAGGAUGAUUUCCAGGCGAAACUCAACGGUAUGGAAGCCCAGUUAAAUAUGUUACAAAGCACACUCUCUAAAAUAGAAGACACCAAAAGCAAUACUAAGGAAAUGCCUACAAAACCCAUCCCACCGAUGUUCCAGAAAAUCGGCGAGAGGUAUUUCUAUAUUGAGAAUAAUCUCAAUCAAACUUGGCAUGAGGCUGCAGUCGCUUGUCAUCGGAUGGGCGGCUUUUUGGCAGGCAUUAAGGACCUAAAGGAAUUGCUGGCCAUUCAAGAUAGAAUUAAACCUCAUGUUUGGUACUGGCUUGGGAUCAACGAUCUGAUGACCGCCGGCCAGUUCCUAUCGCUGGCCUCGGGAAAACCGGCAGAAAUUUUGACCUGGAGGUCCGAUAGCCCCAACAACGAAAACCGGUGCGUUCAACUGCAAAACGGAGAUAUGAGUGAUUGGCGCUGCAAUGAUAAGGUUAAAUUCAUUUGCCAGGCGGACAGCGAAGUAUAAUAAUUAAAAUUGAACAUCAGCUAAUGCUAUCAUACCAGGUUAUUGAGUUCCCAUACAAAAAAAAUUCCAAAGUUUGUAACAAUGUAAA